AUGUUUCUUCAGAACAUUCUCACCAAUCACAAGCGAGAAGCUGAGGACCAGCAAGGAAUUUUGGUAAAACUGGGAAAGAUGGCUUAUUAUGGGAUUGUCAACAAGAAGCUUGUUUUUUACGAACACUCUGAGAUGUCUACCUUUGGUCUCAAGCCACUCCUGCCCUCACCGUUUCUCUCUGGGUUUCUCAAAGAAAUUUUGCAGGAAGAAAGCACUUUAGGGCAUACAACAUACACAUUCUUCCACCUCACCCUGCAGAAGUUCAUGGCUGCCUGCUUCUUCUAUCUUGACUCGUCAGUGGCUGUCGAGGAGAUGCUUAGGAAGCUUGAUUCAUGUGAAGAUGGACGAUUUGAGAUUUUCACUCGAUUCUUGGCAGGACUUGCCAGGUAUGAUGUGUUUAAAAAACUGGAGGGAAUCAUGGGGAAAUUUAAGAUGAAGAAUGCAAAGCAGAUAUUGAAAUGGAUAAAGCAGAAAGCUGUAAGGGCUAUUCAGGGUGGAAAUAAAAGAGAAGCUCUGCGAGUGUGCCAGUGGCUCUAUGAGAGCCAGAAUCAGAACUUAAUCAGAGAUGCCAUAGGGAAGGAUUUAAAGAUGAACUUCAGUGGGGUAACUUUAUCUCCUCUGGAUUGUGUUGUGCUGGACUCUGUCAUCAGCUGCUGUGGUGAACUUCAAGAACUUGACCUAUCAGACACAAAUUUCACUGCAGAGUGCAUUGAGAGAAUGAAACCAGGUCUCAUCUGCUGUAGACGUGUCAUGAUGGAGGGAAGCCGUCUCACCGCCGAAUAUUGUGAGGCACUCUUCUUGUUGCUCUCUGCUGAACACUCACGUCUGACUGAGCUGCAGCUGGGAUACAAUACACUGGAGGAUUCCGGAUUGUGUCUGCUGUGUGACGGGAUGAGAAGACCAAACUGUAAAUUAGAAGAACUGGCGUUGCCAUCAUGUGGUCUCACCUCUGGGUGUGGUGCAGCACUGUCUGCGGCUCUGUCUUCUCGACACUCAUGUCUGACUGCGCUGUACCUGAGAGAUAAUAAAAUAGGGGAUUCAGGAGUAUGCCAGUUGUGUGAGGGGCUGAAGAACCCAAACUGUAAAUUAAAGACAGUGAAUCUGCGGUCUUGUGGUCUCAUGUCUGGAUCUUGUGAGACUCUCUCUUCAGCUCUCUCUACUGGACACUCACGUCUGAUUGGACUGAAUCUAAGAGAAAAUAACCUGGGGGACUCAGGAAUGUGUCUGCUGUGUGAGGGGCUGAAGAACAAAGACUGUAAAUUGGAGACAAUCAAUCUGUCAUCGUGUGGUCUCACCUCUGGAUGUUGUUCGGCCCUCUCCUCGGCUCUCUCUGCUGAACACUUAAACCUGACUGAACUGUGGCUGGCAAAAAAUAAACUGGAGGACUCUGGAGUGUAUCUGCUGUGUGAGGGGCUGAGGAACCCAAACUGUAAAUUACAACAACUAGGUCUGUCAUCAUGUCAUCUCACCACUGGAUGUUGUUCUGCUCUCUCAGUGGCUUUCUCUGCCAAACACUCCAAACUGACUGGAGUGUGGCUGGGAUACAAUAAACUGGAGGAUUCAGGAGUGAGUCUGCUGUGUGAGGGGCUGAGGAAUACAAAUUGUAAAUUAGAGAAACUCUGGCUGGAGUCAUGUGGUCUCACCUCUGGAUGUUGUCAGGCUCUUUCCUCAGUUCUCUCUACUGGACACUCGAACCUGACUGAGCUGGAGCUGAAUUUCAAUAAACUGGAUGAUUCAGGAGUGCAUCUACUAUGUGAGGGGCUGAGGAACCCCAUCUGCAAAUUAAAGAAACUGGAGGUGAGAGGUAAUAAGAUAAGUGCAGAUCAGAAGAGGAACCUGAAGUCAUUAGAAGAGGAGAUGAUCAGAUUAGGAUGGCGGGUAGAGAUCAUCACAUGAGAAGAGCAGCGUUGGAGACCAAACCAACCCAAUGAUGACACCUCCUGUCGGUUCACAUUCUCACC